AAACGAUCCGCUCAACCGAUCAUGAACGAGCUAACGCCACGAGCCGCUGGCAAAGAUCACCUUUCGUUCGAUAGCGCCAGCAACAGUGUGCUCGAAUCGACAGGACCUGCUUCAGCACGCCACGGUAAGGAUCUGCUGGAUGAGGAAUCGUACCAACGCACGAAGGAACUCGCCAUGAACAUCUCCAACGUGCAGCGAGCGGUGUUGGCCUCCCAACAACUACAGCAGCAACAACACCGCCCACAACCUCAGGGUGGCCGGCAAAACCCAAACCCCGACAUUCAGGACAUCAUCACCGGCAUCGUGAAGCUGCUGAAUGGAAACGUGAAUGUGCACGCGAAUCCACAACCCACGCGACGGCAUUCAGCAACACGCAUCAACAAUCGGGGUCCUCCCAGGAUAUCCGAGGCGCAACCGUUGCCGAACGAGUACGAGGGUGAGCUGGGUGCGCCGACCUCUACGCGACCUCUACUGUUACAAGGUGAUCAAGGUCAGCAACAGCAGCAGCAGCAGCAGCAGCAACACCCUGUGCGACCAUUCCUCACUGGUGUGCCAAUACCGGAACAAAUCGUACCAUCGAUGCAGCAAACGUACCGACCCGGCUUUGUGUCUCAAAAUCGACCACCUUGGCAGCGACCAAAACCACGGCCACCGAUAUCACCGAACAGGCGCCCGAUUCCACCGUAUAAACCGUACCCAACGAGCUUGGACUAUCGACCGCCAGAGGGCGCCAAUGUGGGACCGAUUACGAUCCCAACGAACGGUGGCGGUGGUGAUGGUGGAGGGAAUGCGAUCGAUAACGUUACGGAGAAGGUGAUCGAAGAUCCACCGUACGAAACACCGACCGGUGGGUUGGGAAGUUACGCUGGAACGACUCCUCAACAGCACCACCAGCAGCAGCAAGGAGUUACGGGUGAGAUUGAUCAGGAGACGACAACAACGGCGGGGAAUGUUGAGUUGGAACAGCAACCGCAGCAGGUUGAGGGACAUCCAACAAGCCCGACGGAGGUUCAGUACACGAUCGAGUCAGCGACAAGUGCGGCAAGUGUUAUGCCUCACGGUGGAAGUGAAUCGUACGAUCCGGAGGUCGUUCCCAGCGUUUACGAGAUCAAUUCGAUCGAGUAUCUGCCCUCGAGUGGAGUGUUGGAACCAACACCUACUAGUGAGAUCGUCAGCACGUCCACCAGCAGCAGUAGUACAACAUCCUUGGAACCAUCGACAGAUCGAGAAGAAACAGGCCAGUUCCACACGCACGCUCCGACACCGAUCUUAACAACGACAACGACUACAACGAAGACGACGUCGAUGGGCAUUGUCCCGACAACGAGCUCCUCUGUGGAGGUGAUAACCUCAACGAGUACGGGAGUUUCUUCAAGCAACGGUACUGCGAAACCCGGUGACUAUCGCUUCCAACCCCGGCCGGGGCUUGUUCUUGAUGAUCCGGACUUUAAACCGGGUGGCAAUGCUGGCGGUGGACCAGUUCGCACCCAGAACCUGCCGGCAAACUUUGGAAAUCGACCGGAGAUCUACACCGCUCCACCUCCAUCGUCUGGACACGGAGGAGGUUCAUUGCCACCGAAUUACGGUGAGAUCUUCGACGUGACACUUUCAGCCAUCCAAGGUCCAGGAUCGGGUGGCUCUGGGUCACAGCAGACGAUCAAAAUCAACCCGUAUUACAACCGACCAGGACCGGCACCUGAGGCAAGCAUCAUCCUUUCUGCUUCUGGCACUGACGGGUUUGUGUCCAUCGAUGGAAAACGUUCGUACAUCGACCUGUUUGGGACGGAAACGAAACAGCAACAGACAGCUCCGUCACCACAACCGACGCGAACGGUAACGCAAGCAUCUCUGCCGGUUGUUCCCACCGAUCGACCGCGACUUCCACCCAAAGUAGGUCCUGUAGCACCGGUUCUACAGCCAGGCAUCGUGGGGACAGGAUAUGCCGUCCCAGAAACUGAAUCUCCACCGGCUCUUGGAGGUUCCGGUCACAAACCAGCUGGAGGACGCGUUCCAGGUGGUGCAUCACCAGCGGUACAUCAUAACCGACCGAAGUACCCGGGUGGAGGUGGUGGAGGAUUACCACCACCGGUGCGUAUCGACACCUGCAUCGUGGGUGAUGAUUCGACGUGCGAUCAGGCACAGAAUGAGCGGUGUCGUACGGAGAAUGGUGUGUCGAGUUGCCAUUGUCGGCCGGGGUACGCGCGCCGGAAGCAUCGGGAACCGUGCAGAAGGAUCGUGUCGCUUAUGCUGUCGAUGAGGGUGGACAAGAUUUAUGAGAGGCGUAUCCAUUGGGAUGGAGCGUUGGCGGAUCGGACGAGCGAUAAGUUCCAGCAGCUCAGCUAUGAGGCUAUUCGAGCGAUGGACUCCGCCAUGUCAAUGACCCCAUUCUCUGACGAAUUCCUAGAGGCUCGCAUCAACGGUAUCUACACCGUCAACCCGUCCUCGGGCUCAACCAGCCCAUCCGGUCCCAGUGGAGCCGUCUUCGUCAACUACACCGUCAAUUUGGACGAAAAUGCGGAAACACUUCGACCAGCUCUACGUUCCGACAUCCAGCGACACCUGCUUGGAGUGAUCCACCGACGGAACAACAACAUCGGCAACUCGGCCCUAUACGUCGAGGCUCCAACGGGAGCCGUUUCGAGCGUUCAGGACGUCGAUGAAUGCACCUCGGACGAACUGAACGACUGUGACGAGGAAGCACACUGUACGAACCUUUUUGGGACGUUCCGGUGCGAGUGUAACGGUGGUUUUCGAGAUCCUUGGGCGGAUCAGCCUCAGCGAGCCGGUCGAGAGUGUCUAUCCUGUCCGGAGUCGUACUGCACGAAUCGGGGUACCUGUAGUUACGAUAACGCCAACAAUCGGCAGGUGUGCAGGUGCCUUGGCAGCUACUAUGGCACGCAGUGUGAGAUCGAUGGUGAGGUGUUGGGGGUGGCGGUUGGGGCCUCGGUGGCCGCCGUCAUCAUCAUCGUGCUCACGCUCAUCUGUCUCGUCAUGUGGAGCCGGAAGUGGCAACGCGAGCACAAAAACGCCAUGGGAAGCCCCGUGUUUGGGUACCUCGGAAAUGGACAGGUGAAAACGCCCGUCAUGGGCCAAGCACCGUACCAAGUGACACUCGAGGAUCGUAUGCGAUGGGCGCAGAUAGCGGACGUGAUGGCCCAAGCGAACCAUUACGCGGUAAGUCGCUGCCAGGCUGAACCCGUCGCUGGACGCCCCUCGUCGGCCAUGUUUGGUUAUCCAAAUCUCCAGACGAUCGGAAGCAUGAACACGCUUUCUCUCCACGGAACUUUACCCAUGCACACCGGAACCCUACCGCCGGUUCCACUACCAAGGACUCUCGGGCUCAACCGGAACGGCAUGCGAACGCUGGAAAACUCAAGCUCCAGCGAAGAGGAGGACCGUGCCGAUCUUCUGGGGCGGAACUUUAACGUCCCGCGGCCUAAAAGUCGCAGUAACGCGAGCGUCACGUCUGGCAUCUACUACGACGUGGAUUAUGCACCGACGGGCGCGGAACAGCUGUACGGGGGUGGAAGCACGCUCGGGGGUACGAUCGUGGGCGGUGGGUUGGUGGGGGGACCGGGCGCUGGUGGAACAACGAAAUCGCAAAGCAGCAUACCAAUGAGCACCUACACGUCCUCCGGUCGGCCACUGCAGUCGACUUACUACAAAUAG